GCCGCGAAAGGAAAGAAGUUGGCCGCGGCCGUCCUGAGGCGAAAGAGCGGCGCCCGUUGUGGCUGCGGUCUUGGCGAGCUGCGGAGUCGUGUUCCUCCCGCAUUUCGGCGGCUCCUGCGAACGGCCGGAGGUCCCUUGGAAAAUUGGCCAUCCCUCAAAUAUCCUAACUUGAUGCAAGAUAAGACUUUGUAAUAACCUUCAUCCUGAAUUGCACCCAGAGCCAACUGGCCACACUAAAUCUUUCUGCCUGCACUGAUCUAUUCUAGACCAGAAACAACCUGUUAGCUUUCCUUCAGUAUGGAUGUAACAGGAACAUUCUUCAACAAACUGCGAACUUUGGCAGUCACUUUGGAGAAGCAGGCUGAGCAAUUUAAGCAAAUUUUACUGGAAGAUGAAGAAUUUGAAGAUGAUUCUCCAAUGAGAUAUCUACAUGAACUGUACUCUGAAGCAAGAACACUAAAGGCUGAUGCUGAUAAUAUCCUACAUACAAGUUCUUCAGAAAGAGAUGCCACAUACGACUUCAUAAAGGCCAGUAAAGUUCUGAUGAAGAGAAAUGCAACCAAUCUUGAAAAAAUACGAGAUCUCUUUCAGAAAUAUGGUUACAAGCCACUUAUUGGCAAGAAUGAAGCCAUAAAGGUUGAGGAUGAAAUCAACGCUGGAUCAGCUUUAUCUGAUCAAAUAGAACCCAAACCUCUUGAUUUUCCUCAAAAAUCAUCUGGAGCUCAAAGUGUCCUGGAAACUCCUCAACUUUCAGAUUUUGGGCUUUCAAAAUAUGCCUUUCCAAGUUCUUCAGAUACAGUACACAUUCCACAUAGCCAGAACGAAGAGGUGAAAGCGGAUAAAUCUGAAUACUUGUUACCCAAAAUAGAAUAUUACAAUAUCCACGAACGUGAUCUGUCUGUAAAUGAUGAAACCACAAAUUUAAUGGACGACCAAACAAUCUUUUUGCUUAAUAAAGCAAGAAAAAAUAGAUCAGCAGGGGCGAUGGUAUUAAAUCAGAAUCUGUCAGCGCUCAGGCAAUCAAAUGAAGCAUGUGAUAAUGAGUCUUUCGCUUCACCUGUUAUACCUGAGUUCCGCACACCUGGAGUGAAAAUUCCCCACAGAAAGACCACUGUUUUAUCAGAGUCUCAAGAAAGUAAUCGUUUGGAUGUUCCUAAACACACAACAGAAAUACCUCCACUUGAUACAAGAUCUAAGCAAAUACAACCUAUGCAUGUUGAACCUAUCCUGGAUUCAGAAAAAUAUCUGGAAUGUGCUGAAGAACCUUCCCUUCCAGCAACGUCAGUAUAUGAGGACCUCUUCAGUUCACCAUUACCACCACCUGAAAUAACUGUAAUUCCAAAGAACCUUAUGCAGAUUUUAUCCCGGUACAAUCCAAAUAUUGAAGUACCCAGGUCAGCAGCUAAAGGAACUGAAGAAAAAAAUGCUUCACAAUUUGAAGAAAAGCAAUUUCUUUGUACUGAUAACAAAGAAAACAGAAAAUUCUCUGGAUGAAAUGAAGAUUAAAUCUGAGUUUUUUUCAACUACCCUGUUUAAGGUUUCUUUACUUUGUGAAGUAUAACUGUUUCAUUUUAAACUAUUCAAUCAUUUUUA